AUGUCCCAGGCUGCUGUGCACCAACAAGGCACGCCGCAGUACUACGACAACUACGAUGGCCCCUCCAGCCGCAACGCCUUCGCCAAUGGGUCCGAACUGACUUCCAGUCCACACUCAACACGGCGGACAGCGCGAUCGGGUGAGGGUGCAAAUGCUUCGCUGCCGGGCACACCGCAACAAGCCGGCUUCAGCUCCCCUGGCGGUUCCACGUCCAUGAGCACUCCCAGGCCAUCAGGACUGCCUACAUCGGGUACCCAUGACGACAUGGCGAGCUCCACCUACCAACAAUACUACCCGGACCACGCCAGUCUGCCAAUCCGCACUGCGGCCGCCCAGACACCUUCCUCCACAGCCAAUUAUGACGGCUCACGCUACAGCACGUCACGUGGACAGCAGUCGGGAAGUGCCGCUGGAUAUGGCAGUGAGAGUGAUCGUACAGGCACGAGCGACAGUGAACGCCGGCGUCAGCAGCAGCGCUCACCUCGCGAGUCACAGCCGCAGCAGCAACCAGGCAGCGGUCGCAGUCAAAGAUCCCGCCAAGCACCGGUGACAAGCCGCUCACAGAACGCAAUCGGCCAGACGCCCAUUGAUACAUCACUCCCACGCGAGAACAGCACCGUGAUCAACCGCAUAGUAGUGGACGACCCCGGCACCGAUAUCUCACGCGAAAGACAACGCGUAGCUGAAGCACGUCCGCUGCACGGCGGUGACGGAGCCGCGCCUAUCAUGAGUUCUGAGUAUGGCGCUGCAGACCCCGCUCCAGUACCUCAACAGCGAAGUCGGCAAGAGCACCUCAAGCACAACUCUACUACGUCCAGCCGGAAGGAAGUCAAGUUUGGAGAGUACAUUCUUGGCUCGACCCUGGGUGAGGGAGAGUUCGGCAAAGUCAAGAUGGGCUGGAAGAAGGACAGUCCAGUGCAGGUCGCCAUCAAACUCAUCCGCAAGGACACCCUGGCUGGCAAUGCGGCACGCCUACCUAAGAUCCACCGAGAGAUCAAUAUUCUCAAAGAGCUCGAGCAUCCCAACAUCGUCAGACUGCACGAGUUUAUCGAGACCGAGAGACAUAUGGGUAUAGUGCUUGAAUAUGCUUCCGGCGGUGAGCUGUUCGAUUACAUCCUCAACCACCGAUAUCUCAAGGAUCCAGCUGCUCGGCGUCUAUUCGCUCAGCUUACCUCCGGCGUCGGCUAUCUUCACAAAAAGGGUAUUGUGCAUCGCGAUCUGAAGUUGGAGAAUCUGUUGCUUGAUAGGAACAAGAACAUCAUCAUCACCGACUUCGGCUUCGCGAACACCUUCGACCGCUAUGACGAGCUCGGGGAGGCGCUGGAGAGGAAGAUACAUGAUCGGGAGUUCGUGAGGAGCAAAGGUCUUGAUAAGCAGGAUCCUGUGACGAACCACCGCCGCGGUGAUCUGAUGCAGACGAGUUGUGGCAGUCCUUGCUAUGCGGCUCCUGAACUGGUCGUUAGUGACGGCCUUUACACUGGGCGCAAAGUCGACGUCUGGAGUUGCGGUGUCAUUCUAUACGCUAUGCUCGCUGGCUAUCUGCCUUUUGACGACGACCCUGCUAACCCUGAAGGCGACAACAUCAACCUGCUAUACAAGUACAUUGUCUCGACGCCCCUGACGUUCCCCGAAUACGUUUCACCGCACGCCAGAGACCUCCUGCGCCGUAUCCUUGUGCCCGACCCAAGGCAAAGAGCAGAUCUGUUCGAGGUAGCUCGCCAUAGCUGGCUGAGCGAGUACUCGCAUGUGCUCAACUUCAUCGGCAGUAACUCCAAGAGCGAGGUGGAUAUUGCAAACUCGGCGCAACUGCAGGGUCCUACAGAUCAACAGCUGGGCAGGAGCGCGUCUGUGAGAGAGCCUGCAAGCAGAUCACCCGCUGUGAUGGCGCCAGGAGCGAUUCAAAAGCAGUCUGCCAAUGUUGGCGAAGAGAUGGAUGGUAGGAACAAGCGCGAUGCUAAGAGGCGGACUGUUCAGGUCGAAUAUGUCGCGCCACCAUCGAACACUGGCCGCAUGGACAAUGGCUCGUACGCUCAGUCGCCGGUGCAGACAUCUGCCUCUGCGGGCAAGACGAGGGCUAGGAGUGAUAGCCAAGGGCCAGUCGAAGUCGUACCCACGCCAGCAAGAGAGCCGCCUACGCAAAGACGCGAGCAGCCGACCACCGCAGCCAUGCCACCACCAAGCAGACCAGCCCGUGACCAGAUUCGAGCUGCAUCAGAGGCGAUGCCGAUUUCAGGCCAGCCAACCACCCAUGCAUCUAGGCCAUCUACCGGUGGAAGGCUGCCAUCACGCGGCAAUUCGUAUAGUCUACCAGCUGUGGCUACUCCCAGCACAGAGACCGCUCAAGGUCGUUUCUCCCAGCCUAAGCCGGGUGGAGGCUACAUCAUAUCCAGCCCGCUAUCGUCUGAACAAGGGACCAACGAUAGCCGUCCGGAGCUCAACAACUACCAGCAGCAGCAACCUCAGUCUAAUUUGCAGCAAUCUCAACAGAAGUUCCCUCCUAGCCACAAGCGUUCCAGCACUCUGGGCAGCAUUGGCGAUCGUCUACUCGGUCGCAGCAACAGCAAACGCUCUUCCAAGCAAGAGGCAGUAGCCAAGCCACAAAAUGAGAAGCGCGAUCGCCGCUACCCGCCGGUCAGCAUGAACAACGCCAUUGCUCCACCACAGAACGGCGACGCAGAAGCAACACCGCGUCCCUCCUCGGAAAGCCGCAGAAGACCAAGUUUCAGCUUCACGCGCAAGAACUCCGAUGCGCCUAGUGAGCGCCGCAACUCUCGACGCUUCUCUUUCUUGCCUGGCAGCUUCAGCAUGAACAAUUUCGGCGGUAACAAGAAAGAUGCUGGGUACGACUCUGAACGUCCCGAGAGCCGCAGGGAUAGUAUCCAGAAAGGAGACGGCAGGCCGCAGAGUAAAGGGGGUGUGGCGUUUGGGAGAGGUGCGUCUCGGACUCCGAGCCAGGAGACGACGAAUUCGACGAUCCCGUUGCAUUAUGAUGAGCAGCGUGAGGCUGGUAGGCAGAACAGGCGAUCCGGCAUGCCCCAGCAGGGUCAGAGGGAGAGGUAUGAGAAGGAUUUGCCUUCUACGCCUGGACAGGGUAUCAACUCGCCGCCCCCGGUGCAGAGGAAGCAGUUCCGCGACGACGGGUAUGGGAAUAAUAGUCUUGAGCCGAAUGGUCUGCAGCAGCAUCAGCAGCAGCAGCAGGAACCUGUCGAGCGGUUCUACACGCCGAACGAGGAGCCGAAUCGUCAACUUGGCGCUGGACGGCCGGGUCAGUACACCAUCGCCAUUAAUAAUGCUGGUGCUCGAUCCCAACAGCAGCAGCAGCAGGACAAUUACCUCAACCCCAGCUUCAGCAACCGGGACGAUGGAUAUGGAUCUAAUCAUUCUGCGCCUUUGGACCCCGGCGGGGUGGCGGGGAAUAUGCGUCCGAAUCAGAGGAAGUUCGAUGAUGGGUAUGAGCAGGGUUCUGCUGGUAGUAGUAGUGGUGCUAGACGGGUUAUGGAUUUCUUCCGUCGGAGGGGCAAGGAAAGGGUUCAGGCUUAG